AUGCCGUUCAAAUACCCCCGGUUCUAUGCAUCCCCGGUGGACGAGGGCACUGAUGCCACUCCUCUCCAAGUCUAUGGCCAUGAACAACGAGAACCCUCCAUCUACGGCAAGCCCCCCAAGCUCCUGCGCCGGGUGUCGCACGCUCUAGGCGAUAUCCGCGAGGACGUGACACUGCAGCUGGAUCCCCUCAAGCGCCGCUCGACCAUCUUUUUCGAAACCCCACUGUCCCCCGCGAGUCCCGAGGUGCCCAUGACCUCGGACGGCCUGCGGUCGCGACCCAUGUCCAUCAUCUCCUACGAUGCGAUUGCCGCCCCCUCCAGACGACUGAGCCAGCGCCUGUCCCGCCGCUUGUCGGUCUUUUCCUCGCGAGGCAAGCCCACCGGCAACGCUGGGGGCAGCAUCUCCUCACCCAACCUGAUUGGAUCCUCCACUCAAUAUGGAUCCCGAAGCCAGGUCUCCUUCAUCUAG